CAGAUAAAAAGCAAAAGCAAUUCAUAUAAUAUAAAGAAAGAGAGAGAAAGAGAGAGAAAGAAAGAAAGAAAGAUGAAACGUUUAAGGUAGAAGAAGAGAGAGUGUGUGCGUACCUGUACCUGUGCUCUACCGCCGGAAAAUGAAGACGUCGGCCAUUGUUCACGAACGGAAGCAAAUGGGUUGCAUGGCUGGUUUCUUCCACAUGUUCGAUCGCCAUCACAUUUUGACCGGAAAAAGACUCCACUCCACCAAACGCCUUCCUCCUCCUCCUGGACCUCCUCCGGCUAUGGCUCCUAAUUCUCCACCGGAAUCCAAACAGAUACAGCCGGUACCACCGGUCGACCUUCCUUUAAAACGCCCAUUUCCUCUUGCCACAUUCGAAUUUAAGGAGAGGUCGGAAGCCAAGUCAUAUCCAUGGAAGCUAUCCAAAGAAACUCCAAGACUCUCUCUCGACAGCAGAGCAACUUUUGAUUCCAAGGGAAGCCUUCAACCACUGGAAAUCAGAACCAAAGGGUCAACAGUUUCAUCGCGACGGUCUGAAUGCAGUCAAGACAGAUCGGUAUCCAACGCAGACGACGAUAAACACCUCCGAUCUCCCGGCGUCGUCGCUAGGCUCAUGGGUCUUGAACUGUUACCUCAAAUGAACGCCUCGCCGGUCAAAAACGAACUCCGGCGAUCCGCUUCGGAGUCUAGGAUUGCGAGAGAAGUUUUCCUAGACAAUUUCCAGGAUCAAUCCAAAAAUUUAAUGAUGAACAAGCAAAGCAAUGUGAAGAGAAACAAUGCAAUUACCGGAAUAACAGGAUCUCAAACCAACCAGCUAAAGAAAGCGACUCAACAACAACAACAGCCUAAGAGCUUCUUCAACUCAGCGGAUUUCUUCCCAGAACCGAAACAUGAAGAGAUGGAGAAGAGACUGAGAAUGAGAGGGAUGGACGAGCAAUUCAAGGAUCUUGAGGCAUUGAAAAAUAUACUGGAGACUUUACAAUUCAAAGGACUUCUUCACUCGAGUAAUAAGAUCUCAGAUCAGCCUAAUAAGAGGAACUUCGUGUUAUCUGAUGAAUAUCCAAUCGUGGUAAUGAAGCCAUCUCGUUUGGCUAUGAAUAGAGGUGGAAACAAUUCAUCUACUAAUCUCCGAAGCAGAGAAGAUCUGAGGCGAGGAACCGAGAAAGCCAGUCAAGCAUUCAACUCAGUGAGUCCUCGCCGCCAAAGCCAACCACCGGAAGUCGAGCAAGGCAGACGAAGCCAAACGAAUGUAAAGAACAAGGAGAGGAUUCCAAACUCAUCGGUUGGAAGAAGAUCACCGUCCCAAAAGAAGGCUAAUGAGUUCACGGAACAAAGGCGAUCCGUUUCUCCGGUGCAUUCCCCAAGACCAAAUCUGAGGAGAAAUGGAUCUAAUCAAUCUGUCACGCCGAAAAACAAGAAACAGAUGGCAGCGGAGAUAACAUCCGGUUGUCAAGACGAUGAAUCUUCAUCCGUCUCCGAGAGCAGCGUCAGCAAUUUCUCACAAACCGAAAGAGAGAGAUCAAGAUGGGAGGAAUACAAGGGAGGUAAGAGUUUGAUAGAGAGAUGCGAUAAGCUACUUCAUAGCAUAGCAGAGAUAAACGCCACCGACUCCGAGUCACAACCGAGUCCUGUCUCAGUUCUAGACUACUACAAGGACGAAUCAGCCUCGCCUUCACCGAUCCUGAGACGAACAAUCAAUUUCAAAGAAUCGGACGAGGAAAUCUGGAGUCCUGCAGCAGUUUCUCCCAUGGAUGAACCAAACGAUAUCGAUUUCGCAUAUUUCACCAAAAUUCUACGUGCCUCCAGCGGUCUUCCUCAAGAACAGGAGUAUCAGAAACUUGGAAAAACUGGCAGGUCAAACAGGAAGCUGAUAAUGGACGCCGUAAGCGAAAUUAUAAAGCGGAAAGAGCAGUUACCGCCGUGGGAGUCGGAAUUUGAUGAGAAGAAGGCGUGGAUGGAAUUUGAGAGCAUGAGAGAGAGAGAAGUUACCGAUGAAAACGACGUUUACGAGAUGGUAUGCGCUGCUCUGAGGAAGGAUUUGGCCGGAGACGCGAUGAACGGUUGGCGAGAGCGGCGCGUGGAGAUCGGUGAGACGGUUGUGGAUAUCGAACGGUUGAUAUUCAAGGAUCUCAUCGAGGAGAGUAUUCGAGAUGUCGCUUUCUUUGGAGGGAAAACUGGUUCGGUUUCUGCAGAAGCAUGUAGAAGAUUGGAUUUCUGAAGGAGCUGCAAAAUAUUUGGAUCCAUUCGCGCGCAUUUUCUGUUGAAUUGCUGUUUUCAAAAAAAUUAUAUAUUUUGGUUCUUUUUUAUGAAAAAGAAGGUAAUAGUUUCUAUUUAGGAAAAUUAAUUUCUGUAUUGUUUUAAUAUUUUAUGAAA